AACCUCGAAUUGGAGCGACUUGAGAUUUUGAUCUUUGCUUUGAGGAAAGUAAACAAGACACCAAACGAAUUCAUCUAUUACAUCUGCUACAAGCAUUGAGAUGGAGGAGUACAGCAAAGGCCGUUCUAUUCGAGUGGGAAUGGUUGGGUGUGAAGACCUCCCGAAGUGGCGUGGAGCUGAUUGCAACCAGUUGUGUGCGGAGAUCUUCGAAGCACGAGGAUUUGGGAGGCCACGUCAGGGACAGAGUAAAGAUAGUUUGGUAGACAUGCCUGUUGCCACCGAUAAAAGCCAUCGUGAUAUUUUUUCAGCCUGGGAAAGCCCUAGUAUUGACUGGGCAUACUUUGAUGCAGUUACAGGCCUUUUACCUAAACUAGAUGAGCUUCAAAAUUUUGAUGGAUUCAUUUUAACGGGCUCACAUUACUCUGCAUACGAGCCUCUUGAGUGGAUUUCAAAAUAUGAAGAGUGGAUAAGGGAACUAGUGCGCUUUCAAAAGAACAACAGCAAGCCACCAAGAGUUUUUGCAGUCUGCUUCUCUCACCAAGCUGUGAACAAGGCACUUGGAGGAACAGUAGGCCACAAUCCCCAUGGGAAGUUUGUGUGGAAUAUGGAAGAUAUAAAACUUAAUCAUAAUGCACAAAAGCAUCCAUUUUUCAAAGGAUUAGUUAAUGAAGACAGUAAAAUUUCAUACUCGCUUUUUGAAAGUCAUGGAGACAGUGUGACAGCACUUGCCCCUAUGGCUGAGCAUCUAGCAACUUCUGACACCAGCAAUUUCGAAAUUGUAUCAAUUGGUGAUGAUAUUAUUAGUAUUCAAAGCCAUCCAGAAUUCAGUGAGCAUGAAAUGGUUGAUAAAAUUUUACCAUCUUUGAAGAAAUCUGGUAUCAUUACAGAUGAGGAUGCUGAAAAGGCUAUGGCAAACUUCAAAAGUAAAGAGGAUGCCAGAAAGAUAUUAAAGCUACUGGAAAUAUAUUUUUCAAGAACGGAAUAGGUUGUUCAAUAAUGGUUUUUUACUGUUAACUGAUUGUAAUUUAUGAGACACAUAACACAUAAAUGUUAAAUUGUCAAGGUAUAUGUCCCCAUUAUAGCGGUUAUCUCUCAUUAAAAGGUUUCCCCAAUAUGCCAGGUUUGGCAUUUAUUAUGUUGUUGUCAAUUUCUAUUUUGAUAAGUAGACUUUCCAACUAUUCCAAUGGUAUUGACUGUUUUAUCCAUCAUAUUUAACUGAACUCUUGGUGCAUAGUUAAAAAUAACUCUGCAGUUGAUUUCCCUGAACAUCCCAUAAAAAGGAAGAACUGAACUAAUUUAGGAAUAUUCCAUGGACAAGUAACAAUGAU